AUGUCGGAUGAGACAUUGAACAUAGCGGCACUGCAAUCCCUUGUGUCUUCGAUAGACAACACUGUUGACCGUUCACUCCGGGUCCCUGAGUUCAAUGCUAUCCCCGUGGACUCUGAGUUAGACAUCAAUAAGCGCUUUGCCAAUGGGGCUCUCGGACACCUAGGGACUCGGCGUUGCAUCCUGCAUGUCACAAACCCCGAAGUGGUGAUACUGCGUCUGGUGGAAAACGUGUCCGACAAGUCAAACUGGGAAUGCGACGUCUUUGACGAAAAGGUUGUCAUGCAAGAGCAUGGUGAAGCCAUGUUGGACUCACAACUAGGAAACGACUUGUGCUUUGAAUGGGACAUCGAUUUCGAUAUGGAUCUAGUCUCAGCUACCAUGGGCAGCUACCAUGUGGAAUUGAUGCACUCAGCAGCUGCAUGA